UGACCGUGAAAUCCAAUCAGUGGCUUUGGAUUGUUACAGUUUUAACAAGGAUCAAUGUAGGACUGAAAGUCAAUGUGUUAUUCGACUCGAGCUCCUGAACAGUGUAUAGCGUAUAGUGGCAGAGGUUGUAGGCCUAUUGGAAAACAAUGGGAACCUUGUGGUCCCGUUUGUGGAACUCUCAGCACCAAUACAGAAUUCUUAUACAUGGUCUGGAUUGCGCUGGCAAGACUACUGUCCUCUACAGGCUAAAACUCGGUGAAGUCGUCACCACCAUUCCAACCAUUGGAUUCAAUGUGGAAACACUAACAUACAAAAACGUCAGCUUAAUAGCGUGGGAUCUUGGAGGACGCGACAAAGCGAGGGCACUCCAUCGCCAUUACUACGCGAACACCCAGGCGAUCAUUCUAGUAGUGGACAGCACGGAUAGGGAACGCCUGGACCAGGCCAAAGACGAGCUACACCAGGCGUUGUGGGAGGACGAAUUGCGGGAUGUCAGUUUGCUGGUCAUGGCGAAUAAGCAAGACUUAUCAUCGGCGAUGUCGACAGAUGAAGUCAAAGAGGGAUUGAAGCUGGACUCCCUUAGGCAGAGGGAUUGGGCUAUAUUUCCCACGAGUGCCACCAAGGGCGAAGGUCUUGCGGAGGCACUUGAUUGGCUCACAUCUCACCUGGGACACCCUGAUGUUAAGUCAGCGUUGGUUAACCCCAUAGCGGAAACUGCCAUGGACCUUAAAGAAACUGUAACAUACACAACAAUGUGUCUUGAGAAACCUUACGAACUUAUCAAGAAAUGGUUUUCGCCCAGUUGAGUUGGCCACAUAUAUCUGUGGUACCAUCAGUAUCACACGUUUGCUUCUUAAGAUUGUCUGCCAAACGUAUUCAAGGGGUUUAACUUACUAUUCUUGACCAUUACAUCCACAACGGAAAUCCAUGGUUGGGAUGCAUUGUAUCAUGAAAGCAAAACUGAUUCCAGGUAUCAACUGGAAUCAUAAACGGUAUUUUUUAAACUUACUGAAUUUGCUCGCUGCCAUCAUAACUAUCUGAUAUGUCAUGCAUCCGUGACGUUACUGGCUAAACACAACAUUUAACACAAGAAAUAUCGAGCUUUAGAGCGUGGGAAGGUCUGGCAGCUAUUGGCGAAUGGUCGUGGGUUUCGCUGGGUUUCCUGACAGUAUAAAUGUCGGCCGCCGUCGUAUAAGUAAAACAUUCUCGAGUACGGCGUAAAACACCAUUCAAAUAAAUAAAUAAUAUCGAGCUUUACUCGUGACACUACUUUAGGUGUAUUUAUACGUGGUUUCGAAAUCUUUACACUUCAUAAAAAGUAUUUACUUAGAUGAUAUGAAAUCUUCUUAAUAAAAGCCACCUGUGAUUGCUGUGUUUAUGGCUUUGUCUUUGUACUGAUUCAUCUGUAAUAUACCGAUUAUAUGACGUGUCAGAAAUCCCAAGUCUGUGAUAUAUAGGAGAUUUAAUUGCAUGAGAGAAAAAUCUUUCAUAAGCAGUUUAUUUUGUUCGUGUCCCGUUGUCAUAUACGCUUCGUUUGUGAUUUAUUUUGUAUAUAAGCUUACAAAAGUUUUGUUCAGUGAUAUAUGGACUACAUUGUAUCAAGAUGCCUUUAUCCAUGGAGUAUAACAUUGUAAGUUUUUCAACAUAAAUUUAUCAUCAGCUUUACUUGGACUCCGCAUAUAUGAUAAGAGAGUCAGUUUCUGUAGUUUUGAAUGCAUGUUUUGGUUUUAUUAUCACACCUGUGUAAACUGUAGACGCGUGUACAAGUAUUUGCGCGGAAUUAUUCUUCACGAAAGCUUUUCACAUGUACUUUUCUCAUUUGUAUAUGUUAUUGUAAGUGAAAUAUUGCGACGGAACAGUUACAUAGCUAUAUAUGUAUUUCACACAUUUUAUACAUUGUUUUGUGUAUGUUUCAAUAUAAUGAUAAUAAAUUUUAAUCAAUACCGUUUGUCUAA